AUGAAGUCGCUGGCUACGUCGUUGCUUGGAUUCCUCCUCCUUCUCUCCGCACCCCAUGCUUCCGUCUAUGCUGCCUCGGAUUCAAAAGGCUCAAAUGCCUUACCGCCCUGUGUGGCACGCUCCCCGACUACCGGUUUCUACUACGACCUGAAUUCAAUCUCUCUAUCCCCACCGAAGACGAAGGACGAAAAGCUUCGUGGAAACGUCCGCGAUGAGAGCUGGCAUGCCAAGGGUCAUGACUACCAUGCAAACUUCACGAUAAACGUUUGCGCUCCGGUGGUGGAGAAUAUUAAAGAUGUGGUGGGGGUCGACCGCGCAAGGUGGCAGAAUGUCAGUGCAUAUUAUGAGAAGGAGGGCAAGGUCUAUUCUAUCGGGCAACAAGCGUCUGAGCCAUUUUUCCGGGGCCGCAAGCUGGUUCUGAAUUACACUGAUGGCUCACCGUGUGCUGGGGAACUUAUCGGAAAUGCCUCGCGCACCAAAUCGACAAUUAUGUCGUUCCUUUGCGAUCGCGACGCUCCAGCACAUCAGGCGACCGCAUCCUUUGUUGGCACUAUGGACCAGUGCACAUACUUCUUUGAAGUCCGAAGCUCUGCCGCCUGUGGUGCCGUCGCCCCGGCCGACGGCCAAGGCCUUGGCCCAGCCGGUGUAUUCGGUGUGAUUGCAUUGAUCGCCGUCGUCGCGUACCUUGUUGGUGGCUGCGCUUAUCAGCGGACAGUCAUGCACCAACGCGGUUGGAGACAGUGCCCAAACUACAGUCUCUGGGCGGGCAUGUUCGACUUUGUAAAAAGCUCAAUUACAUCGAGGGAGUCGACCUAUGUUGAACAUGGGUAA